AUGCAAGGAGACAAUUUCACCCUUUGGAGCUUUUUUAUCCUGGAGGGAUUUUCCCGAUACCCAAGAUUAGAGAUUGCUCUGUUUGUCUUCAGCCUUGUAAUGUAUAUGAUUACCCUCAUGGGUAACAGUUCCCUUAUUUUAAUCACUGUCCUAGACUCACGCCUUCAAACCCCCAUGUACUUUUUCCUUGGCAAUCUCUCUUUCAUGGAUAUCUGCUACACAUCUGCUUCUAUUCCUACUUUGUUGGUGAACUUGCUGUCAUCCCAGAAAACCAUUAUCUUUUCUGGGUACCUGUCCCUUGCCAUGGGAUCCACAGAAUGUGUUCUUCUGGCUGUGAUGGCAUAUGACCGUUAUGUGGCCAUUUGCAACCCGCUGAGAUACCCCAUAAUCAUGAACAGGCCAGUCUGUGUGCAAUUGGCCAGUGUCUCCUGGAUGAUGGGUUGUCUGACUGCCCUGCUGGAGACUAAUUUUAAGCUGCAGAUGCCUCUAUGUGGGAAUCUCAUUGAUCACUUCACAAGUGAAAUUCUUGCAGUGCUCAAGCUAGCUUGCACAAGUUCACUUCUCAUGGACAUGAUCAUGCUUAUGGUCAGCAUUCUCCUCCUGCCCAUUCCAAUGCUCUUAAUUUGCAUCUCAUACAUCUUCAUCCUCCCCACUAUUCUGAGAAUCAGCUCAACAGAAGGAAGAAACAAAGCAUUUUCUACCUGUGGUGCACACUUGACUGUGGUGAUAUUAUAUUAUGGGGCCGCCCUCUCCAUGUAUCUAAAGCCUUCUUCAUCAAACUCACAAGAAAUAGACAAAAUCAUCUCAUUACUUUAUGGAGUGCUUACCCCUAUGUUGAACCCCAUUAUUUAUAGUUUAAGGAACAAAGAAGUAAAAGAUGCCAUGAAAAAACUUCUGGACAAAGUAGCAUUAGUAUCAAACACAUAA